UAGAUACUGGUAGCUUGUCAAUCCCCUCCCUGACCCCGGAGAGAUGGCUUGUAUUGUAGCCCACAGAACGUCGAUGAUGCAUUCAUUGUUCAUGACCCCAAACUCUGCAAACGGGAUUUGUUCGGUACUGUGUGAUCUACACUGCCUAUUACUAGUAUAUUAGGCUACAGUCAGUACAGGAAAUAAUGUCACAGUCACACUCACAGUGUACUCAUUUGCCAUGUUUUGGGUGUUUUCGUCGUGAAGAGAACUGACAUGCUGCUUUCCUCAACUCAUUCUAUCCUGUUACUAAUACUAGAAUCUGGUUGAUAGUCGUUCUCUAGCUCUGCUUGAAUUUUUCUGUGAUGUAACGGGGACAUUUUGAAGGAUAGCUGAAAGUUUUGCCCACACCGGGAGAGCCCUGGCCCUGUCGUGCUGCUAGCUGCAGAGCGCGUAAAUACGAAAUAAUUGUCUAGAAGUAAUGCCAAUCGUCCACAGCUCCCAUGCACUCUUGGUGACACGCUAGUUCAUUGUGGAAAGAAGUCACGUUCACUGGCUUGGUUUCUUGCAAGCACCAGCGAAUGGCAGCGAUUACACGUUGUGUUUUUGCAAAGGAGAGUAUACGAAUGACGCAGAAGUCUCUCAGUUUGUUACCUGGUGUCGUGCGUCGCUCAGCAAGCUUUGACUAGCCUGAAACUGAGAUUCUAAUUGAAAGUGUCUUUCUUGAGUAAAAGAAGAUCAUGAUGCCUAGUUCUAUAUCUGUGGAUGUCAAGCUGCGAGACUUGCCAUACUCCGUCAGGGGCAGCCUAGCACGCUGUUUGGAUCGACACGCUAAGAACGACUGGAGAGCGUUAUCCAGCAAGCUGUACCUGGCUGAUGCUACAGUUCGGAGGAUGGAGCUUGGCAUGAUGAGUGGCUCCAGUCCAACCAUCUCCUUGCUGAAAGAAUAUGAGAAAUUGAACCCAACUGCACCGGUCAGCCAGUUGUUCAUUAUACUUGGCCAGAUAGAGCAAGGCGAAGGAAUGCUCAUAUUGGCGGAAUAUGUAUCUGCGACCUUGCAUCAAUUGAUUCCAGAACAUUUCCGACAUAGGUUACCUCCACAACCUCGCAGGCAAGGCUCAGGACAUAGGCACCCUAAGCUGGACCGGCACGUUCAUCGUGAGCAGUUUGCACAGACUGCCCAGACUGCCCAGAACAUUGGACAAACACAGCAGGCCAAGAUCACGGCCAGUGGUCCUCGCAAACAAGUGGAAGAACACCCUGCUGCUGAGGGUAAUGGGUCAAGCGGCUGCACUGGUUCUUGGCCCGGCGCGGUUACCUCCCCACACCCAGAGACCGGUGAUGGGUAUAGUGGGAUGGCAGAGCAAGAUGGUUGCAGUGCUAGUGAUACGGACGUCUAUCUUACAGAACAGGCUAGUGCCAGCCUUUCCGAGUAUCCAGAGCAUCCGUAUGAAUCUGAAGUAUCUUCUGCCGAGGAUCAGCAUGGACUUGAGAUGGGUCCAACACGAGUUGAUCUACGCGGUAGCUGUAGUCCAGCAGAGAACGGAUCUAUGCAAUCGCUUCGGGAUCUAACAAACCAACGAAAGGAAAGACUGUGGCAGAAAGCAAGACCAGCAGCUACGUAUGCAGGCAGUGUGAAGAGCGACACACUGAUAAUGCCCCCUCUGCCUGCGACUGGAUCGAUAGCGCACCAACCUCAUGUAGCGACAGGAGCAGCAGCAUCGUAUUCUGUGGCAGAAAACCAGCACAGUGCUGAUGUCACCCGCCAUCAGUCGAUGGUAGGAAGUUCAAACGGCCAACCAGCACAUGGUAUGGCUAUGUCUAGUGUUACAUAUACUGCUCCCAGGGUGAAUGCCAGUAGUGUACACGCUACGGAAAGCGCUUGGCAUGCCACUGGUUCAAGUCAUCAAACUGUGACGUCCUCUCAAGGAAAGAUUCCUGACUUGGACAAGUUAGUAUUUCCGCCCAUACCUCACCCUAUGAUGAAUUCAGUAAAUGCAGGUAUGCCGCCGGGUGACGAUCCAGCACCAAGUACACCGCCUUGUCGUGAUCUAACACCAACUAAGCUACCCGGUCAUGAUCCAAAGCCAAGUGAACCACCUCAACCUACCGCGCCAGACAGGAAUCGCUUCAGUACAGUUCCGGAUGAACGGGAGAGAGAGCCGUCACCUAUUGGUGCACAGCAAAUGACAAGUUGGCCUUAUGCUGAUCUCUAUAAACUGACCAAAGGUUUUGACUCGAAGAAUUCUGAGUUUGUCCUGGGACAAGGCGGAUUUGGGACGGUGUAUAAGGUCUAUCUUCAUGGACAUCAUUGUGCAGUCAAGAGGCUUUGCCUGCAGGCGUCUGGAGAUAUGCCACUGCAAGGAUUUCAGAGUAUGAGUGAAUUUGCACGGGAACUAGAAACGCUCAUGGUAAUCCGCUGCAGCUACCUUGUGAUGUUGAUGGGCUACUGUGAGGACGGCCCUGAGCCCUGCCUUGUCUACGAAUACAUGGAAAAUGGCUCAUUGGCCGCUUGGCUCUUUGAAAUGCACGAGCCACGGCAGAUCUACGGACCACUUACUGGAGCAGAACGUUUGGACAUUGCUAGCGAUACUGCCAAGGCCUUGCGCUACCUGCAUAACAUGCCAAGAGAUCCCGUAAUCCACUGCAAUGUGAAGAGCUCCAACAUCCUGAUUGGCGAGCACAAGAAUGCAAAACUGGCCGACUUUGGCCAUGUCCGGCACCUGUCCUCGUCACCACAAGGCCGCACAGCCCUCUCCACCAGAUCCAAAUACUCACAAGUAGCAAGCACGUACAUGGAUCCAGACGUGUUCCUCAUCAGGAAACUUGAUCCCAAAGUUGACAUCUACGGCUUUGGCGUGGUUCUGCUUGAGAUGAUCACGGGCAGAAAGGCGUUCGAUGAGGCACACCCACACUCAGACUUGAUUCUGGAAACAGAGGAAAUCCUCAGUGACAGGAACAUGAAUGUCCAGUGUCAAGAGCGCUUCCUCAGCAUGUGCGAUGAGUUUAUUCAGCGUGACCUCAUCGUCGAAGAGUUACUUGAGUUUGGAGACUUGACAUCGAGCUGUCUUGACGAUCGCAUGGCUAGACCCGAUUCUAAGGAUGUGGAUGGGAAGCUGAAUGAACUGCGUGAUAUGGUCAAGUUGAGGUAUUUACAGCUAGACAUGUAGUCUGGAGCUGCUCCAUAUGGUCAAGUUGAGAUAUUUACAGCUAGACAUGUAAUCUAAUGCUACACAAUAAUGGUGAAGUUGAGAUCAGUGUUGCAAGCUAGACUUGUAAUCUGGUGCUACAUAAAAGCGAGUACAGCCCUAUAAUUAUCAAUUACAUUUGCCAUAGCCUGCUCUUGAUCUGUAGCCAAACAUCAUUUGCCCACGGGAUGAUUACCUUUUUGGCUUACUUUGAGGACCGCGCUGCAACGCACAUCUGCACAUGUUUCCUGCAAUGACACCAGUGAGUCUUAUUAGAAUUGUAACUUAUGUUGCACCGUUAGGCGCUGCAUCUGCCGCUAGGGUUUAUCGAGUGUUAGCGGCCGUCGUGAGUUCCCUUCGGGAAUGGAUACGAUAAUUUACUUUUUUACUUUUAUUGCCAGCUGCAAGUAAGAAAGGUAACCUUAGCACUGAUCUAGAGCCAAGCCAGCUGGUUGCAAGCAGCACAUACUGCAACUUGCUUUGUUUAUUCGGCCCUCAGCCCCACGCAUAUGCCUUGAGCGGCCACCUUUGCAUUUCUUGCAGGUGUGUUGGUGCGUUUUUAUCCCUUUUCUUGUAUGUUGAGAUUUGCAGUCUUGUACACUGCCGAUAUAAUUGCAUUACCCAGAUUUCCAGAUUUCCAGCAGCAAUAGCAGCUUAUCAGUUAAACUCUCUAGUAUCUUGUGUGCACGCAAACAACUUCCCUUGAAUCCUUUUCGGUAACCACCAUCAACAUUUCAUUUUAUCAUGUUAUUCUGAUGUUUGUUUGUUCCGCCCA